AUGACGGAUCCAACCAUAGAUUUCCAAAUCCAGACGCACCACACCCAGUUCCAGAUCCCCGUGGAGCUAAUCAAGAAGAACUUCAAGUCGAUCCAAAAACUAAUCGAAAAGCAAAAGAAACAGCUCAGUGAGGACAUAGUCAAGAUAAAGAAGAAUGAAUCGAUGUCCAAGUCGAUCAAGCUUGAAAUGAUCAAAAAGUUGGUCAAGAACUUUGAGAUUUUCAAGCGCAAAUUGGAGGUCUUGGUCAAGCGCGAUGAAGAGUAUCGGAGUCGGUUGAUUGCGCGGUUGGAGAAUAUGUGCGAGUUGACUUUGAUGUGUCGCGCUACUGGCAAAAUCACCGAGAAGAAGAAACUGGCGGGCGAUGCCGGUAAGAAGAGAAGAAAUGGCAAUUCGCGAGGUGCCAGUGCCAGUGGCGGUGGCGAUGAAAAUGGCGCAGGUGUCGCUGUCAACGAUGGCGGUAACGGUGGUGGUGGUGCUACUGCUGUUGUUGUUGAUGAUGACGAUGAUGAUGAUGACGAUAAGGAGUUGGAUUUGAAGAAUCUGCAUUUGAUCAGCUGGUUUCGCGACCAGGCCAAUUUGCUAAUUGUUGAUUACUUGAUCAAAUCGAACUACCUGACUGACCCCAAUGAAGAAAAUGCCGGAAUCACUUUGCUCAACAGUUUGGCCAAGACCAACCCCAAAUUGCUCAAGUUGAUAGACUACGACUUACUACUCGAUUUCAACAAGAUUUUCCUUUCCAUCAUUGCCAAGCACGACUUGUCGCUUAUUGUCAAUUGGUUUGGCGAAAAUAAAGCCCAGUUAAAGAAGAACAACUCGAAUUUAGAAUUUGAAAUCAACUACUGCAAAUUCUUAACUUUGAUCGAAAAGGGCGAUAUCAAUGAAGCCAUCAAGUUUUCAAGAGAGAAUUUAUCGAGCUAUGGCAAUAAGGAAAAUUAUCAGCCCCAGAGUGGAGAACACGAUAACCAUUUGAUGAAUUUGGAAAAAUUGAAAGGGUUGGGUGGGUUGCUAGUUUUCAGGUCGUUGGAGAAUUUCGACGCCAAAAUGAACGAGGCACUCGGUAUGACUGGAGACGGCAGAGGCAAUAUACCUUUUACCAACAAAAUGAUGCUUCAACAUCCUUAUUUCCGCGAGUACCAAAAACUAUUGUCCAACGAACGGUGGAAAAGCUUGGCGCAGUGUUUUAUCGAGAAUUUUAUUGACUUGUAUGGCAUCACCAAGAACUACCCCUUGUUCAUUUAUUUAUCUGCCGGUUUAUCGAGUUUGAAAACGAAAUCGUGCUACUACAACUACGACAAUACAGUGUUUACCAGUGAAGCCGCGAUCGAGACUGCAGUAGACCCAUCAUCGUCGUCAUAUUCGAGCAACCAGUACCUAACGGCAAAUGACACGGAGCCAGUACACGAUGAUCGGGCACCCGCAGCAGCACCAGCACCAGCACCAGCACCAGCACUACCAACAAGUUCAUCUAUGAGACCAACGAGGUUUAGAGUGCCCACCCCAAGCUUGCUUGCAUCGGAAGAAAGGAUAGAAGCGCUGUUGACGUCGUCGGCAUCGACUCGUCCUUCAGUACCAUUCUCGUUGAUUGCUCCUCGAAACAACAACAAUCAUAACAAUGCCAGUAGUAACAACAACAGGAACAACAACUCCACUAGCGCAGCGCAACAUGCUCACCAACAGACUCAAUUGAUCUUCACCAACACGAAGUUGAGAGGGCCCGAUCAAUACUACAAGCUCUUGGGCAAAGUCAACAAUUGUCCUGCGUGCUCACCGGAAAUGUUCCAAUUGAGUCGAAAUCUACCCUAUGCGCAGCUAAUCACCAGCGUAUCACUGGAACCUUUCAAAUUGCCCAACGGCAACAUAUACCCCUUUGACAAGCUCCUCACGCCCAAUGACAAGUACUUGCUGACUAGAAACGAGCUAUUGCGGCAGGGUAAAGUCAAGGACCCAUUGACGCAUGAGAUUUUCUUUAUUGACAAUUGUCGUCGUGUCUACCCGGCAUAG